GGGGGGGACGACGACAUGGAGAACAAGGACAAAGUGCAGAUGAGGAAUCACCCCCGGAGACAGCUGAAGAAGCUGAGCGAGGACAAUCUCACCAAGCAGCCAGAGGAAGUCUUUGAUGUCCUGGAAAAGCUGGGUGAAGGGUCGUAUGGCUGUGUGUUUAAAGCCAAUUAUAAAGAGACGGGGGAGAUCGUGGCCAUCAAACAAGUUCCUGUGGAGUCCGAUCUUCAGGAGAUCAUUAAGGAAAUAUCCAUUAUGCAGCAGUGUAACAGUCCCCAUGUAGUGCGGUACUAUGGCAGCUACUUCAAAAACAGUGACCUGUGGAUCGUCAUGGAAUACUGUGGAGCCGGAUCGGUGUCUGAUAUCAUUCGAAUACGCAACAAGACGCUAACGGAAGAAGAGAUAGCCGCCAUCCUGCAGUCGACUCUGAAUGGUCUGGAGUAUCUUCACUUCAUGAGGAAGAUCCACAGAGACAUCAAAGCAGGCAACAUCCUGCUGAACGCAGAGGGUCAGGCCAAACUGGCCGACUUUGGAGUUGCUGGGCAGCUCACAGACACCAUGGCGAAGAGAAACACGGUCAUCGGCACGCCGUUCUGGAUGGCUCCAGAAGUCAUACAGGAGAUUGGCUACAACUGCGUGGCUGACCUCUGGUCUCUGGGAAUAACCGCGAUAGAGAUGGCUGAGGGGAAGCCGCCCUAUGCCGACAUACACCCUAUGAGGGCCAUCUUCAUGAUUCCCACCAACCCUCCUCCAACGUUUCGGAACCCAGAGCUGUGGUCACCGGCAUUUCGAGACUUCAUCAGCCAGUGUUUGGUGAAAAAGCCAGAAAGCAGGGCGACUGCCACACAGCUGUUACAGCAUACAUUUAUCAAGUCAGUCAAGCCCAGCUCCAUCCUCAGAGCCCUGGUCACAGACGCCAUGGAGAUCAAACUGAAGAGACAAGAGGAGGCAGAACAGAGAGAACAGGAUGCUGAAGAUGACAAUAAUUCGGAUGACGAUGAGGUCGACCAGGGGACAAUGGUGCGGGCGGCGACAGGAGACUCAGGAACCAUCCGGGCUGCCGGUUCUACAGCAGGUUCACUCGGCGGUGCGGCACGGACUAUGAUCCAACACGAGGACACGGGAACCAUGCAGUCACAGCUGGGCACCAUGGUCAUCAACUCUGACGAUGAGGACGAGGAAGAAGCUGGCACAAUGAAAAGGAGAGAUGAGACGAUGCAGCCAGCUAAGCCGUCCUUCCUGGAGUACUUUGAGCAGAAAGAGAAGGAGGCCAACAGUCAUAACAACGGAGGAGGAAGAGGAGAAAACAAUGCAGACAACCGCAAACUGCCCAGUGAAGGAGAUCUCGAAGUGGUAAGCACGUGGUCGGUGGAGGAGCUGCGGAUGAGACUCGCCUCUCUGGACCCUCAGAUGGAGCAGGAGAUCGAGGAGAUCCAUCAGCGCUACCAGGCCAAGAGACAGCCCAUCAUGGACGCCAUCAAGGCCAAAAAACGACGGCAGCAGAACUUCUGAGAAGGACCCGCUGAGGCCUUUACAGCAACAACUGGAUGUUUUAUCUUUUUCCGCAGCAGUUCUGUGAAAUGACACUCAGGCAGCGCUGUGGUUUCCUCUUCCUAGUGAUAGGUCAUGAGAUGAUGCAGGUUGGAUGCGACGUCUUGAUUUGGAAACCUCUGAGAAGACCUCUGACGAUCAUCACUUUGGAUGUUGAAACUGCUGAGUUUGUUGAACUGUGACUUUAUGUCAGAAGAACUUCCAAAGAGCUGUUCUCUGUUUGACAGAAGAUUAUUGACAUUUAUUGUGUCCAUUUGAUUUGAGAUUCACUCUUCCCUCUGUUCCGCCUUUUUGAGAUCAUCUUUUGAGAACUUUUUUUUGUGUUUUUGGUUUUAGUGGUUGAAGACAUGAAAGUGUCUGAUUUUGAUAUCAUCAUCAGCUGAUCUGGACUUUUUUUCCGAUUUUUUUUUUCUUUUUUAUUCUUUUUUUCUAGCUUGUACACUGUUCUCUGAAGCCACAGUGAUGAUUGUUAAAAAUCCCCGCAGAUCCCUUAAUCCCUUAAUUUACUUAAUCGUGUGGUACAUUAUCAUUUUAACUUCAGACCGUUACGCUUAGGUACGCUUCAUUUGAUUCCUCAGCUGUUUCCCAUCAUUGUCAGUAAACAAUGAUGCCGCUGGACUUUCCGAUGUUUCCACACUGGACUGUGAAAGUCUAAGAAAGUAUCGAGUCUAGAAAUGAAUCAUUCCCUGCCCUUGAAAGUUUGUAAAAUAUGAAAAAAAGGGGUUAAAAAUACAAGGGAAAUUAUUGGUUUGUUCCAGCACAUGGCUGCUCUUUAUGUAAUAAUAUGUCGGUCGAUACGGAGCUGCAUUUUAUAAACACAGAUCAAAUUUUCCAGAACCUUUGAAAAAGAUCGCUGAAUAAUUAAUGUGAACGAACCAUGUAUUUGCUACACUGUCAUUCAAACUGAAUUUGGCGAAUAGCUAAAAGCAGAGGAGAUCGACGUAUUCACCCAUAGUUGGACCGGCCAUCGGGACCACCUGGACAAAUCCCGGUGGACCGGUCGGUCUCUUGUUGAAUUUCCCACCGCGUAUUCAUCAUUUGGCAGGUGAGGGGAGCUGUACCUUUUCGGCGUUUUUUCACCCAGUUUUUGUUCAUCAGGUUCCUCAGUUCAUGAAAACUCAAUUUAAUACUUAAAUUUGGUACGUCUUUUUACGUUUUCUAUUU